GUGCCAGUCAAGGAUAGUCAAGGUCUCAAAUCGAAACAAGUUUAUGCUCCCGCGUUGUGUGUGCGUGUCCUCUCGCCGGCGUCAUAACGUUUCAGGCUUUUUAAGUAUGGGUAAGAAAGCUCUACUAAUCCUCGCCGAAGGCGCGGAAGAGAUGGAAGCGAUUAUCACAGCCGACGUAUUGCGAAGAGGCGGCGUCGACGUUACCAUAGCUGGCCUCACCGGCGCCAGCCCAGUGAAGUGCAGUCGAAAUGUUGUCGUUGUGCCAGACAAGAGUUUGGACGAAGCCACGUCGCAGUGUCCUUACGAUGUAAUCGUUCUACCCGGCGGGCUGAAAGGAGCUGAGAGCUUGGCAGCGAGCCCAGCUGUCGGCAAGUUGCUGAAGGAGCAGGAAAAAUGUGGUCGACUCAUCGCUGCAAUUUGUGCAGGUAAUAGCAAGCAGGCGGGAACCCCCUGA